AUGGCGACCGAAACUGCUCCUACCAAUGGUCUGUAUGGCGCAACCCAGUACACCCAGCCCGCCGAACUAGCUGCGUCCACGCCUUCUGCACCAACCCACGCUACUUCUGUCUCUCAAAGUACUACUACCUCCGCGAACGUCCAAAAGGCGGACCCGCAAGAGAUCGGCUGGUACUUCGUCGAGCAGUACUACACCACUUUGUCCAAGAGCCCAGAAAAGAUACAUCUGUUUUAUUCCAAGAAGUCGCAGCUUGUCACCGGUGUUGAGGCCGAGAAGGUGGUCCCAGCGGUUGGCACCAAGGCAAUCAGCGAGAAGAUCAAAGCACUAGACUUCCAAGAUUGUAAAGUGCGCGUCCUUAAUGUCGAUUCUCAGUCCUCCUACUCCAACAUCGUUGUCCAAGUCAUUGGCGAGAUGUCAAACAAGUCGGAGCCCCAUCACAAAUUUGUCCAGACCUUUGUUCUCGCCGAGCAGCCCAAUGGCUACUUUGUUCUCAACGACAUUUUCCGCUACCUCAGUGACGAGGUGGACGAAAUUGUGGAGGAUGAACAGCCGCAACCGGAGGUCCCUGCUGAACAACCAGCCACACCCGCAGAAGGGUUGACUGAGCCGCAACCGCAUAUCGAGGAGACCGUUGCCACAGAGGCUGCUGCCGAGGAGGUGGAUGAGAAGCUCGAGGACGAUAAGAAGGAAGUGUCCAUUGAAGCAGGAGCGACAGAAGUCAACGGAGCACUCGUGCCACCACCAGCUGAGCAACCCACUGAAGCUGCAGCGAGCUCACCGGCUCCGGUCCAAGCUGCGGAAGAACCAGCAGCCGAUGCCACUGCUCCCACACAGCACGCCGCUGCAGAGGCUACCCCCCGAACCGAACCAUCUGCAGAACCCACUCCUGCCACCCCUGCUCCUGUCGAAGCACCUCCUGCGAAGAAGACUUGGGCCAGCAUGCUUGGUGGUGGAGCGAAGGCCCCUGCGGUUCCGGCUCUCCCUACGACAGCUCCUGCAGCACAGCUCAAGGCUUCUCGACCGUCGCAGUCUGGUCAAACCGCCAAACCCGCGGCCGAACCUGCUGCAUCCACAAACGCCAGUGCCAGCCCUGUCAACUCUCAGAGCAACGGUUGGCAGACUGCUGAACAUAGCAAAAAGGGCAACCGACCACAGAACAAGCCUGCCUCCGAGGGAGUUGUUCUCGCCUACAUCAAAAACGUGAAUGAGAAAGUGGAUGCUAGAGUCCUCCGCGAAGUGCUCGAACGAUAUGGUGAACUGAAGUAUUUUGAUGUGUCACGACCAAAGAACUGCGCCUUCGUCGAAUUUGCCGACCCUGCUGGAUAUGCAGCAGCGGUUGCAGCCAACCCACAUACUGUUGGCACCGAACAGAUCUAUGUUGAAGAGCGUCGCCCUCGUCCAAACGCAUAUGGAGGUAGCAAUGCCCGUGCUGCUACCACCUCUACUCGUGGUCGGGGUGGUGGACAAACUGGACGAAGUGGAAGCCAGACCAACUUUCCCAAGGAUGCUGGUCGUGGUGGCGCCUUUCCGCGAGCUGCGAAAUCCGGCACAGUCACCCCCAAGGGCCGUGGUCAAACCCAAGCAGCGUGA